AAACGUGUCAAAGAUUGAGAGAAAUGGUGAGGGAGAAGAAGUUGAAUAAUGGCUCAGCUCUUGAGAGUACCCCCGAUCCCCUUCCCUCGAAGUCUAAAGACGCAACAGCAGCGGGACGAGCUCACUUCGAUUUCACAUAGCAACAACAAUGGUUUUUACAAAACACGACGCCCGCAACACUACCAAGCCCUCCUCCUUUCAUAGUACCACUCGAAACCUUCCUAUAAUCCUCUUCGACAUCAUGGACACAGUUGUUCGUGACCCCUUUUACCGCGAUGUCCCUGCCUUCUUUGGAAUGUCUUUCGAUGAAUUAAUCGAAUGCAAGCACCCGACUGCAUGGAUCGAGUUCGAAAAGGGGAUUACUGAUGAGGUGGAGCUUGCAAAAACAUUCUUUAAGGAUGGAAGGCCUCUAGAUUUGGAAGGCCUGAAAAAUUGCAUGAGAAAAGGAUACUACUAUGUUGAAGGUGUUGAAGAAUUGCUUUAUGUAUUAAAAGAUAACAACUACGAGAUGCAUGCUUUCACAAACUAUCCCAUCUGGUACGAGAUGAUCGAGAACAAACUAAACAUAUCAAAAUAUUUAUCUUGGGAGCAGCCUCUCCAUAAAUGGGGGUAAGGCUAGCCGACAUUCACCUCUCCCAGACCUUGCGUAAAGCGGGAGCCUUGUGCACUGGGUACGACCUUAUCGACCUUAUAAACGGGAAGAGGAAGCCCAAUCCAGAAUUCUAUUUGGAAGUUGUGAGCCAUCUAAAAGUUGAUCCGGGAAGCUGUAUCUUCGUCGAUGACAGGAUAAGAAAUGUAGAGGCUGCGAAGGAAGUUGGCAUGAUCGGUCUACAUUUCAAAAAUGCAGAUUCGCUUCGUCAAGAUCUUUCACUGAUGGGGAUUGACAUUUCAACGAAACAAACCAAUCUUCAACAACAAUAGUUGUCUUCAUCGUUUUAUGUGUUUCAUUUGUCAUUUAUAUCAAAUGUUUUUCCAGUUGCUUUCUGGCUGGGAAUGAAGAUUUUCCCAGAACGAAACUAACUUUCUGAUCAACUUCCAGAUAGCUGGAUUAACAAUUGCUGAAGAUAAUAAGGCCUUCAUUAUUUCUUCAUUGAAACUCAUUCGCGUGUGGGACUAGUGUGAGGUUGAGUGAGACCAAACAUAAGGGUUCAUCUUUUACAAGGUGUGUCAAACGAUUGAUGUGAUCCGGCAAUCAAAUUCAAGCAUUUUCCCACAUGUAAGAGAAACUAUUAUGUCAAUGAAAAAUAUUUUACCAACCCAAAGAGGAAACCUA